AUGAGAAUCCAUUUGAUAAAAGUAUUCUAUGAGUACUUUUACCCUGCGCAUCCAAUACUCCUACCCUUUGAUCUCUGGGUUAUGUCUUCACCACCUCAGUAUCUCGUGAACAUCGUCGAGUUCAUUGGAUUGCAUCAUGUUUCGGCUGGCCAAACUCUUGAAUGCUCAAACGAUCUUUGGAUGGCCACCGAUAAUGCUGAAUUAGCGUUGGAAAAAACGCAAGCAUAUGUUCUUUUGUGUAUCCUAUUCCAUGGCCGCAAAGCCCCCGAAUGCGCAAAGAAAUGCAUUGGUUUUGCUAUUGAUUGUAGCCUCAGACUCGGACUUCACUGCCGAGAGCUCUCGGAUACCGUGGAGGUGCAGAGCACCGCUCGUGCCGAGAGCAUGAGACGGACAUUGUGGGAGAUUUUCAUCGUGGACACUCUUCUCGCUGCCGUGCAAGUUGGAGGCACUUUACAAUUCAACAUGGAGACGCCUGACGUGUCUCUUCCAUCUGAGGACGAGAAGUUUGCGGGCGGUCACUCUGGGGUCUUCUCCAUUUCUGCGAAGGACCUAGGCCGCCGGGCAUUCUCUGAUAAGGAUCGCAUCUCAGCACUUGCUUAUCGUGUCGAGGCGACAUUCAUUCUCCGACACUGCCUAAUCGCCUGCGAGACACAUGCUCCCGAAGACACGUUGGAAGUACUAGACUCAAUGAUCUCGGCUUGGUUCCACCGAUGGCCUAGCGACCGCAGCACUAUUCUCCAGAUGGAUGGAAAAGUGAAUCAAAUUGAUUUCCAGACGGCUAUGAUCAUGCAUUGCGCCUCUAUUUACCUGCAUUUCCCGAAAUCAUCAUUAGCUUCCUUCCUCCCAAUUACCCGCGAGGUGUUUUGUUCUAGGCCUCCACCUAUACCAUCACCCUCGCUGAAUCCGCAAAUGCACACAGCCAAAGUUGCUAACGCAGCUGUUGAGCUGUCCAAGCUCGCUUCCCUUUCUACGUCUGUGACGGGUAAUUCUCCAUUUUUUGCUUGCACCCUCGUCCUUAGCUCUAUCAUCCAGAUGACUGUUUUGUCUGCCCCUACCGGGCAGCCAUUUGGGAAGCAUUACUCAUAUUUGGCAUUGAACAUAGGUGUUCUCAAAUCUAUGGGCAGCAUAUGGAAAAUUGCAGCCUGUUCUAUGGAAAAUCUCCGAGCCACCACACGCGAGGUUGAGGCGGCCUCUGCAGAGGCAGGUCAUGAACUCGUUGGACCUAUGUUUAUCCCUGUCCCCCAAAAGUGA